AAACCAAAGUACACUACGUUAACAGUGUUCUACGCAGGUCCACGUAGUUCACGUUAUUUACAGGGAGGGGGCAGUGGCGUCGGCAAACUGAGCAGUGCCUAUCAUCCAGCCUCUGCUAAAUCACCGCUCUCCCCAAGGAAACAAAACAAUAUAGAAUUGGCUUGAAGGCGUGCAACAAGCAUUAGACCCUCUUUCGACACGACGACGCGCUUUUCCGUGGAAUGAGCAUUCCAUGCAGCAUCCUAGGUAUGAAUGACGUGGCCUGGCAGGAGACGAGAGGUGGGAUGCUGCAUGCAAAUGGUGCUCCUGAGACUGGUGGUGUGAGAGUACAUGGUGGCGGUCCCCUAGCUUCGGUCGCGGUAGCUGGACCAGCUCCAGGUGUUCAACAUUUACCAGGGAUGGACAGGGUUCCCAACCCCAACCCUGGUACUCCACAGCCUCUGCUGAGUGGAAGAUCGCAAGACGAUGCCACGGUUGGAUAUUUCUUUCAGCGGCAACCUGGGGAACAGCUUGGUGGUUGUGCUCCAAGUAAGCAUCGGUGGCCAACUGGAGAUGCUAAUCAUGUUGACCAGGGUCGAACAGUGGAUGAAAUGAACUAUGACUUUCAAGCUCUUGCUUUGGAGUCCAGGGGGAUUGGAGAGCUGUUGCCUGCAAAAAAGCUUUGGGAAUCAGAUGAACUUGCCAAAGAUGGAAGGAAAGGUAUGCUGCUUGGAGAAGAGUGGAGGGACAACGCCUGGGGAACAUCUCAUCAUUCAGUGUCUCAGCCAAUCAUGGUGCAGCGGCGACCAGGCCAGAGUUUUCAUGGGAAUGGGGAUGCCAAUUCAGUGCUUUCACCUCGGUCUGAAGGUGGAGGCCUGGGUGUGAGCAUGGUGGAGUACGUCCUGAGCUCCUCUCCUGGUGACAAGAUGGAUGGUCGCUACAGGAACGGGGGCUUUGGCGGGGGAGACGCUGAGCAAGAUGGGAGAGAGAAAGGGGAGGUUCAAGAUAAGAUCUCACCUUUUGAAGAGGAUAAGGGCCCAGAGAUGAAUGUUGUUGAUGACUGUGAUCCAGCGAAGGCCAAUGGAAGAUGUCUACUCAAUGGCAUGGACAGAGACUCAAAGGACUUCAAUCCAACCCCUGGAAGCCGUCAAGCUUCACCCACAGAAGCAGUAGAGAGGAUGGGGCCGAGUCACACAGGCUUGGAGAUGAUGGGACAGCACCACCCUCACCCACUCCAACAGCAAAACCCCGUCCAAAACAAGUCCCCAGCCGAAGAUUUCCAGAACCAGGAGGCCCAGAACAUGGGAGGCAUGGAGCAGCAAGCAGGUGUGGAGUCCCUCCAGUUUGACUACGCUGGGAACCAGAUCCAGGUCGACUCCUCAGGGACUCCAAUGGGGUUGUUUGACUACAACUCUCAGCAGCAGUUGUUCCAGAGAUCCAAUCAACUGACUGUUCAACAGCUCACUGCUGCUCAACAGCAGCAGUACGCUUUAGCUGCAGCUCAGCAGCAGCAUCUAGCUGGCCUUGCUCCUGCCUUCAUGCCAAACCCAUACAUCAUUAAUGCUGGGCCCCCUGGGACCGAUCCCUACACUGCUGCUGGGCUGGCAGCCGCUGCCACACUUGCAGGUCCGACAGUUGUUCCACCUCAGUACUAUGGUGUCCCUUGGGGUGUGUAUCCUGCUAACCUUUUCCAGCAACAGGCUGCAUCUACUGCCAAUCAUUCAAAUCAGCAAGCAUCCAAUCAGGGACCAGGUCCAGGCCAACAACAGGUGAUGCGCACAGGAAGCAACCAGCGACCUCUUACACCAGGGCAAAGCCAACAGAGUCAGCAGGAGUCUUUGGCUGCUGCUGCCGCUGCUAAUCCUGCUUUGGCGUACGCAGGAAUGUCAGGGUACCAGGUUUUGGCUCCUGCUGCGUACUAUGACCAGAAUGGGACUUUGGUGAUGGGCCCGGGUGCCCGUACAGGGUUGAGUGGUCCAGUUCGUUUAGUCCAGACCCCUCUCCUCAUCAACCCUGCUGCAGCACAGGCUGCAGCUGCAGUGUCUGCAUCUGGCUCUGGCAACAACAUGUCUGGUCCUCCAGCCAAUGGGCUGUAUCGCUCCAUGCCUCAACCACAGCCACAGCAACAGCAGCAGGCUCCCCCACCCAGCAGCGGCCUGCCGUCCAGCUCAUUCUACGGCUCUGGAUCAGUGCCCAACACUUCUCAGAGCAGUUCCCUUUUCUCACACACCUCUGCUGCACCGCCGCCACCAAGCUCCUCCCUGGGCUUCAGCAAUACCGGCGGCUCCCUCGGUGUUGGUCUGGGUUCUGCUCUUGGUGCUUUUGGUUCCUCCGUGUCCAGCUCUAAUAGUAGCAGCGUAUCUCGCCGGGACUCCCUGUUGGCCAACUCUGACCCGUACAAACGAGGUGGCAGUGCCCUAACUCCCAUUGGUCAGCCUUUUUACAACAGCCUGGGUUACUCCUCUUCACCCAGUCCCAUUGGCCUUACCCCAGGCCACUCCCCGCUGACUCCUCCCCCUUCUUUGCCCUCCUCUCAUGGAUCCACCUCAAGCCUUCACCUAGGUGGCCUGACAAAUGGCAGUGGGCGCUACAUUUCGGCAGCACCUGGAGCUGAAGCCAAGUACCGGAGCGCCGGUGGUACCUCCAGUCUGUUUAAUUCCAGCAGCCAGCUGUUUCCGCCAUCUCGACCUCGCUACAGUCGUUCCGAUGUCAUGCCGUCCGGUCGCAGUCGCCUUUUAGAAGACUUCAGAAACAACCGCUUCCCUAACCUCCAGCUGCGUGACCUUCCAGGACACAUGGUGGAGUUUUCUCAAGACCAACACGGAUCGAGAUUCAUCCAACAAAAGCUGGAGAGAGCCACCCCCGCUGAGAGGCAGAUGGUUUUUGGAGAGAUCUUACAGGCAGCUUACCAACUCAUGACCGACGUAUUUGGAAACUACGUCAUUCAGAAGUUUUUUGAGUUUGGAAGUGCGGACCAGAAACUGGCUUUGGCCACUCGUAUCCGUGGACACGUUCUUCCCCUGGCUCUACAGAUGUACGGUUGUAGGGUGAUUCAGAAAGCCCUGGAGUCCAUUUCCUCAGACCAGCAGGUAAUUAGUGACAUUGUUCGUGAGCUGGAUGGACACGUGUUGAAGUGCGUGAAGGACCAGAAUGGGAACCACGUGGUCCAGAAGUGCAUCGAGUGUGUCCAGCCUCAGGCCUUGCAGUUCAUUAUUGAUGCUUUCCAGGGACAGGUGUUUGUGCUCUCCACACACCCAUACGGUUGCAGAGUGAUCCAGAGGAUUCUAGAGCACUGCACCCAGGAGCAGACCCUCCCCAUCUUGGAGGAGCUGCAUCAACACUCUGAACAGCUGGGCCAGAAAUAUCAAGGCGUUUCAUUGGAGAUGACACCCAAAACAUAUUAUACAGUGUCCCGCGAUGCACUGUUCAAGGAUCAGUACGGUAACUACGUCAUUCAGCAUGUUCUGGAGCAUGGCAGACCUGAAGACAAGACCAAGAUAGUAGCAGAGGUCCGUGGAAAAGUUCUCAUCCUGAGCCAACACAAGUUUGCAAGCAAUGUCGUGGAGAAGUGUGUCAUCCACUCUUCCCGCUCUGAGAGAGCUCUUCUGAUCGAUGAAGUGUGCUGCCAGAAGGAUGGGCCUCACAGCGCCCUGUACACCAUGAUGAAGGACCAGUAUGCCAACUAUGUUGUCCAAAGAAUGAUUGACAUGGCAGAACCAGCUCAGCGCAAAAUAAUUAUGCACAAGAUCCGGCCUCAUAUUGCCACUCUGCGCAAGUACACAUACGGAAAACACAUCCUGGCCAAGCUAGAGAAAUAUUACAUGAAGAGUGGAUCCGAACUGGGUCCCAUUGGUGGCCCCACAAAUGGCCUCAUGUAGCCUGGUCCCCCGACGAAGACGAGUAGGAUUCCAAACCUGCCCUUGUUCUGUGAGAGAUGAGCUUCUUAGCCAUACGGCCUUUGAUGACCUCUGACCUUUUUUUUCUGUGGUGGGGGUUGGUGGUUACCAAAAAUUAAUAACACACGAGUCUUCACAUGAGUACGCUGUGACAAUUUAACCCUGCCACUCUGACACCCCUGGUGCAGGUCCUCAGCGAGGGAUAGACAAAGUCAACAGGCUGUGAUAUAACAAAUUUUUCUUUCUUUUUUUUUUUCUGGGUAAAGCACAAGCCCAUGUUAAUGAUGUAAUUGAUGUAUUUGAACAAUUGUCAUAAUAUGUACAUUUAAUUUUUUUUUACUUGUAAAUUCUCUGUAGAAAAAGAAAUUUAUUACACAUUUGCUGAAAAUUUACAAUUCUUAUUCUUAACACCAGCAAGUGACUUUAUAAGGGUACACGAAGAAGAAAAGGUCAGUUUUGGUUUUGUAACCUGCCCUUUGUCAACUGUUCAAAUUAAAUCCGGAAUAUUUGUAUAUGACCCCAUGCACAGUACGUGUGCUUCCAAUGCCAAAGCAGCUGUUGGAUUAGAGUAGUUUUCACUAGCACGCCAUCGUAGGGACAGACAGGAACUUUUCCAUCCACUUUGUGCCACAGACGUCGAGGUCGUCAGGACCAGUUUGCGAGCUUGGCUUCAGGGAUCGGUGUUCUAGUCCAGGGUAGUGCGUUUGUUUUCCAAGGAACAGUUGUUUUAAUUCUUGCCUUCUUUUCCAGCUAAGAGGUGGUGUAUGUUCACCCCCUCCCACUCCCCCCACACACUCUCAGCCGAGCAGCUCGUAAUCUGCUUGUAGUUUUGGUACUAAACAUCACAGCCUAUCAGAUUUCGUGACACCGCGUCCACCGAGCCCCCUUUUUUUUUAAUUGUUGCAUUCCUAAUCGCUCAAGAUUGAGGUUUGAUACAAGAUGACAAAACCAACCAUUGGAACGUAGAAACACGGAAGCAGAGCACCAGGGUUGGUUGUACAGUGGAUGUGCGAAUCUGCUAGAAGCCUGACAUGAAUUGACAGCAGUUGGGGAGCUGCUUGUGUCUUUUGUUUUCCUGGGGGGUGGGCCUUUGGUAUGCAUUGGCAUGCUGUGACAAACGUUUUAAUCCUGGCAAUGAAUUUCUUUCUAAUCUUGUUUUGUGUAACAUCUAAUCCGUCUGGUAGUUUUUUGAGAUGAACACUGCCCUGGAGAACAGUAACUUUACGUACUGAAUAAUCAUCUCUCGCUUAGUUGUCGUAGUAGUUGUAGUUGUCGUAGUAGCUGCAGUAGUUUAACGAUGUAUAGCAUCUUUAUGUAUGAGUAACUUUGUUGCUUUUGGGGUUGGGGGACCUUGCACCUUUGAUGGAAACCCCCCCUCACCGCCUGAAGGUUGGAGUAGUCAGGUGAGGGCGAGAAGUGGUGAAGUCAAGCUUGUCUCAGAUCUGUACAUCUGAGGUGAAGUGAACCAGGGAUGUCAGAUUAUUAUUUUAAACCGGUCUGAUGUUGUUGUUUUGUUUCUUUUUUAAAUAAUUUACAUUUGGUUGGGUAUGCAAGUCCAUUGGUGGAGGCUGGUGGGGGAGGGGCAUCAAACGCUAAACACUUCACCUGUAAUGCUCGUAGUGAUGGCUUCUUUGCUUCAUAUAUGAAUAAUUGUAGAAUACAUGUAGUAUAUGUGCAGUUAUUAAGUGUAAAAUUAUUAGUUUAACCGAGGAAAAAAAAGUCUAGAUGUGGUGUUUUGUUUUUUUUUGUUUCUUUGACAGGCCUUGCUCUAAAUUUGUAGUGAUGCUUUUAUUUCGUCUGUACAGUUGUACAUUUGUAAACGUUUAUGCUGUAAAUGGGAUGUCUUUUACACUUUUUUGGGGGGAAAAAAGGCAAAUGUGCAUUUUGAUGUUUGUGUAUAUUCAUCACUCCUUCCCCCCUGAAUAUAAUGUAUACAGUUUUAUUUGAUUCAAUGUCAUUUUUAAAGUAAGGAACCUCUAUGGCUUCAUAAUCUGGCAUGUUGUUUUUUGUUUUUAAAUCUGUUAGGGGAAAGGCCAGCCUCUAUUUGUACUGGAGCUGUAACAUCCUCUGUUGAUAGUCUUUCUGAUUUGUGACAGUUUAAAAAAAAAAAAAAAAAAAAGAAACAUUACUGUACUUAAUCCAAGGCUGCAUUUUAGUCCUCUGCUAUCAUGGAAAACUUCACAGGAGACGACAAUAAUUAUUUUUGUACAGAACAGUGCUGUAUUUUGAAACAGCUACUACCUUGUAAAAGCAAAAGCAGUGUAAAUUAUUGUCAAUUAUAUAAAUAUGAACAUAUGAGUUUUUGUCACACUGUCAAAGUCAUGUACAUUUUCAGGUGGCCUUAUGUACAUUUCCAGAUGUUAGAUGAAGAAACAAGCUCAUUUUUGGCAGCAGAAUUGUGACUAUGUAUGAUUAAACUGUUCUUCUAACAUUCGACUUGUACUGUUGUAGUUUGUCUUGGCCAGGGGUCUCCAGCCUUUUUCCUCUGAGAGCUCCUUUGACAAAAUAAAAAUGACAGAGAGC